UCUCUCUCUCUCUCUCUACAUGGACUCAUCCAUAUAGUCGUCGUCGUCGUCCUUACUGUGGUUCUGGAAAGCUCCCAAAAUGGCCGACCCACCGUCUAUGGCGGAACCCAUGCCUCCUGACCCUAACGUACUUGCCGCAGACUGCGAUUGGAUGCCGUCUCCGGUGAAUGACGACGACUCCACUAUGCUUUCGGACUUGCUCCUCUUCGACGGCGACCUUGAUUUCAACUUCGACUUCGAUCUCGAUCUCGGCCUCCCUCCCGACGCGCCGUACUUACUCGACGAUCCUUCUUUUUCUGCUCCUCAGAUCCGGCCUUCCUCGUCCGAUUCGGAUGCCGGCGGCCUCGUUGAGCCUUGUAGGAUUUUGAAUUCCCCGUCCGCCGUUGAUCGAAGCUCCGACGUCUCUAAGUUUCUCUCGCAGGAGGCUUCUCAGGAGACGGAUCUGGCUGGGCUUUUGGCGUGUCCCUCUUCCGAGUCGGAGGCUCUCGAUCGGCAAGCUUCUGGCCCCGCCUCGUCUCAGGGUUCCGGCAAUAAUUCUGCUGCGAACUAUUAUCCAUCGCCGGACUCGGAAAAUUCCGCUCGUUCGGCUGCCUCUUCGCCGAACUAUGCCAAUUCCAUGAAUGGCGUUGUUGAUCAGAAGAUUAAGUUGGAGGAAGAGGGCAAUAAUUGCUUGAUGAAGAGGAAAAAGCAUACUAAUGAAGACGCUAAUUCCGAAUCGAGGACAAGCAAGUACCAGAGGGCAAAUGCGGAAGACAACCCCAAGAAUCCGACGUAUAGUUCCCCCAGAGAAAUGACCGCGACGGGCGAUGGGGAAAAUAAGAGGAAGGCGAGGUUGAUGAGGAACCGUGAAAGCGCUCAGCUUUCUAGGCAGAGGAAGAAGCAGUAUGUGGAGGAGUUAGAGGAUAAGGUAAGAUCCAUGCAUUCCACCAUUCAAGAUUUGAACUCUAAGAUUUCGUAUAUAAUGGCUGAAAAUGCAACUCUCCGGCAACAAUUCAGUGGCGGUGCCAUGUGCCCAGCCCCCGUGCCACCACCUGGUGCCAUGUACCAUCCUCAUCCGGCUAUGCCUUAUCCCUGGAUGCCCUGUCCUCCUUAUGUUGUUAAACCACAAGGUUCUCAAGUUCCAUUAGUCCCCAUACCCAAAUUGAAGCCGCAGCAGCCUUCCUCUGCUCCAAAAUCUAAGAAGUUUGAGGGUAAGAAGAAGGAGAGCAAAACGAAGAAGGUUGCAAGUGUUAGUUUUCUUGGUCUGUUGCUUUUUAUUCUUCUGUUUGGUGGGUUGGUGCCAGUAGUAAACGUGAAAUUUGGAGCAAUGCAGGAUGGUGGAUCGGGUUGGUUUGGUAAUAGGUUUUAUGAACAUCAAUAUCGUGGGAGGAUAUUCAAUGUUAAAGGUCACCUGAAUACUUCCGAGCACAGCUUAGGAAUGGGAUUUUCUGAUGGGAGAUUUGCUACUGGAAACAAUUAUGCCAGUAGAAUUGAUUGUGGGAGAGAUAAUUGUAGGGGAUCAGAAUUGAAAGCUGGGGAGAAAGAAGGAUCACAGCCUUUUCCUGCGUCAAACAAAUUUGUGCAGCCAGGCAAUUCUAGUGAACCUCUUGUUGCCUCUUUGUACGUGCCAAGGAAUGAUAAGCUUGUAAAGAUUGAUGGCAACUUGAUAAUUCAUUCUGUUCUGGCUUGUGAAAAAUCCAUGGCAUCUUGUAGAAAAACUGAUGAAACAACGAGCAGUAAGGAAACUGGUUUGGCAGUUGCGGGAAACAGGCCUCCUGCUAUCCCUCUUACUGGGAGGAAUAAUGGCAGAUACCCCCAAUACAGGAAUCCAUCUGAACAGAAAAGAGCUCUUGGUUCUGGUUCUAUGGAUAAGGAUAAGCUGAAGUCAACAACUGCUGAUGGUGAAUUGCAGCAGUGGUUCCGGGAAGGCCUCGCAGGGCCAAUGUUGAGUUCAGGCAUGUGCACUGAAGUGUUCCAGUUUGAUGUCUCACCAACUCCGGGAGCCAUAAUUCCAGCAACCUCAGUUAUGAAUGUUUCUGCGGACAACCGGCCUAAUGCUACGCAUCUCGCCAAGGGGCGGAAUAGACGGAUUCGUCCUGGGGCUGCCAUUCCUCUUGCCGGGUCUCAGAACAACAUUACCAAAGAACAUGUAGGAAGAACAACAAAGGAAGAAAACUUCCAUGGAAAUAAUUCUCUUUCACAGAUGGUGGUUUCUGUGCUUGUUGACCCGAGGGAGAUCGGGGAUGUUGACAGCGAUAGUGUGAUGGGACCAAAGUCCCUCCCUCGGAUUUUUGUUGUUGUUCUAAUAGACAGCAUCAAGUAUGUCACUUAUUCGUGUAUGCUUCCGCUAAAGGGAUCAGGCGUCCUAGUAACUACUUGAGGAUGGGAACAGAAUCGCAGAGCCUUGGAGAACUAUAUAUUAUCCAUCUUCGUAUCCAGUUUUGUACAUAGUUAAAAGUUUCAACAGUUAGCAGCUGAGUACAAGUCCUCUAGCUAUCUUCAUAUCUUUAUGUAGCUUUAUCAGCAUCUUUAUGUACUCUUGAGAAAUUGCUUGUCAUCAAGUUCUUAACCAUGGACAUGAGUAACAUUGUUGGACGAUAAAAUCAUAGAUUUAGUA